UACACCAUCAACACAAUCCACAUUCAGAUGAAGCUGUACAUUCAGUAGCUCUGGCCUGCAUAGAAAUACUGGUCAGAAAAUGCGUAAACAGGAAGAAGAGAAGGAAAUGGAUAGGAAGGUGGACGCGAUGUCCUGCAACAUCAUCAAUGAGAUGCGGUUAAAGAAGCAGCUCAGUGACGUAGUCAUCAAGGUGGACAACGGCGAGUUCCAUGUGCACAAGAUCAUCCUGUGCGGCUGCAGCCCGUACUUCAGGGUUCUCUUCACCAACGGCUGUUACCCUCCUGAUAAGCUUGGGUACAGUAUCCCUAACGUUUCCACCGAGAUAAUGGAGCUGAUCAUGGAGUACGCGUAUAUAAGUCAUGUUAACAUCACGGAGAAAAACGUGUGGAAGCUGCUGAUCACUGCUGAUUAUCUCUUGAUGAGCAGUCUGGUGAACGAGUGUUGCACGUUCCUGAUGGCUCAGCUGUGUCCGGAGAACUGCAUUAACAUCUGGCGUUUUGCUCACUCCUACGAGAAGUUGAAGCAGCAGGCCUUCCGGUUUAUCUUGCACAACUUUGAGGAGAUGGUGCGCCUCUCUGAGGAAUUCCUGGACCUGACGGUCGAGCAGCUGAGCGAAAUCAUCGAGAAGGACGAGCUGAACGUGAAAAAGGAGAGCGUGGUGUUCGAGGCCGUCUUACACUGGAUCAAACGUGUGCCAUGGAAACGGAAAGUGCACAUAGGAGUGUUACUGCCCAAGGUGCGUCUGGGGUUACUGACGCAUGAUUACCUUAUGAACAAUGUAAGGAACAACGUUUUAGUAAUGGACGACAUGACAUGUAAGCCGAUCAUCACCAGCGUUCUGAUGGGCAUCGAUGAUCUCAACCUGAGCCUUUCUCUCAGCUCUGAUCUCACGAGACCCCGCCUGCCCAGUGCCAUUCUGCUGGCCAUUGGUGGCUGGGGCCACAUGAAUCCCACCAAUGCCAUAGAAGCAUACGAUACGCGAGCGGCACGUUGGGUCAACCUCACGUGCAACAACGAGAGUCCACGAGCUUAUCACGGGACGGUGUACUUGAACGGCUUCGUGUACUGCAUAGGAGGAUUCAACUGGGAGAAUUUCUUGAACAGUGUGAGAAGGUUUGACCCCAUCACCAGAACCUGGGCUCAGGUUAGCCCUAUGCACUCUUGCCGGUGUUACGUGAGCGUGUGUGUGCUGGACGGUCAUAUCUAUGCGAUAGGAGGAUUUGAUGGUGUCAAAAGUCUGAAGACGGUCGAACGAUAUGAACCUGAGAAUGAUUAUUGGAGCAUGAUAGCGCCGAUGUGCAAACAAAGGAGCGAAGCAAGCGCUACAGUACUGAACGGCAAAGUGUACAUAUGUGGAGGGUUUAACAUGAGCGAGUGUUUGUUCACGGGGGAGUAUUACAGUCCUCAGACGGGAGCAUGGACCCUCAUCCCCCCCAUGAUGAGCAGAAGGAGUGGACUGGGUGUGGUCGCGUACGGAGGACAGGUUUACGCUGUCGGGGGAUUUAAUGGUCAUAAUCGACUAAGCGAUGUAGAGGUGUAUAAUCCUCAGUCCAACAUGUGGAGACAAGGUCCAGCCAUGAACAACCAGCGCAGCAACUUCGGCAUUGAGGUUCUGGACGAUCUCCUGUUCGUUGUUGGAGGAGAUAAUGACACAAACACCAUGAAUGAAGUGGAGUGUUAUGAUAAGGAGACUUCUGAGUGGCAUGCAGUCAAAAACAUGGAUUUUUUCCGCAGUGCUCUGAGCUGCUGUGUGCUGUCUGGUUUACCCAACAUGGCCGAGUACGCUGCCCCCCGAGACGACCCCUAUGGAGUCCAUAAGAGCUCACAGAGCCCCAGAGGCUACCUCACACCUCCUGCCAAUGUUUGAGAUGUAUAAAUAAACCUCUCCCUUCAUCGGCAUCCUUUUGUUCUCGAGAAUCCAAUUAAACACUCUG